AUGGCACGCACCAAACAAACCGCUCGCAAGUCCACCGGAGGCAAGGCUCCAAGGAAGCAGCUCGCCACAAAAGCCGCCCGGAAAUCUGCACCGGCGACCGGAGGAGUGAAGAAGCCACACAGAUUCCGUCCAGGAACAGUUGCUCUGAGAGAGAUCAGGAAGUAUCAGAAGAGCACCGAGCUUCUGAUCAGGAAACUUCCGUUCCAGAGAUUGGUACGAGAAAUUGCUCAGGAUUUCAAAACAGAUCUACGAUUCCAGAGCAGCGCCGUUUCUGCACUUCAAGAAGCUGCUGAAGCUUAUCUCGUUGGUUUGUUUGAAGAUACAAACCUUUGUGCAAUUCAUGCCAAGAGAGUUACUAUCAUGCCUAAAGAUAUCCAACUUGCUCGCAGAAUCAGAGGAGAGAGGGCUUAA